AUGGCUGACAUUAUUAAUAAAGCUCGGAUCAGACAACGCUCUGUUGUCAUCACCCUACUUGAUCUUAAGAAUGCCUUCGGCGAAAUCCAUCACAACCUCAUUCAAUCCGUACUUGACUACCACCAUAUCCCUGAUUAUAUAAAAUUUGUUAUAAAAAGUUUGUAUACUGAUUUUCAAACCUCGAUAAUUACCUCUGAAUUCCGCACUCCUUUUAUGACAGUUGGCCGUGGCGUAUUGCAAGGAGAUUGCCUCAGUCCUCUUCUUUUUAACAUGUGCUUCAAUACAUUCAUUCAGCAUAUCAAGGCUGAAAAGUAUCGUCAAUUUGGGUUUUCCUUCAAAUUACUAAAUCCCAUCCAUUGGUUCCAGUUUGCUGAUGACGCGGCUGUAAUUACUGGCCAAGAAUCCGAAAACCAACAUCUGUUAAAUCGAUUUUCUAUCUGGUGCCAAUGGUCCGAUAUGAUUAUCCGAGUUGACAAAUGCAGUACCUUUGGCAUUAAAAAAGCGAUCACAAAAUCAGUUCAGUACUUGCCAAAACUCCUCAUCAGCAAUCAACUAAUACCAAAAAUCACAAUUGGAGAAUCAUUUCAAUAUUUAGGACGUUACUUUGAUUUCCACAUGUCGAAUGAUAAUCACAAAACUGAACUAACCACCCUACUUAAUGAACUAAUGUCUGAUAUUGACUCAAAGCCACUACACCCCAAAAAUAAACUGCUCCUCUACAGUCGCUACGUCUUGUCCAAGUUAGCCUGGCACUUCACCGUUGCAACACUCUCUAAAACAUGGGUUACUGAAAAUAUCGACUCUAUUGCCAACAAAUAUAUCCGCAGAUGGCUUGAAGUACCAAUAUCAGGAACACUAAGUACUGUCUUUCUAACAAAUAACAAAUUUGGCCUGAGUAUUUAUCCUCCAUCUGUAAAAUUUAUCCAGUGUCAAACAGUCCUCCGAAAAGCUUUAAAAUCUUCUCCCAAUGAAUCAACUAACGACCUGUGGAGAGCAACCAGUAACCAUACUAAUAUCCAAUAUGACGCUUAUAGUUCUGCUAAGGAAGUUCUCAAAGAUUUCCGUUCUGGACACGAAAACAAACUCCUAAACCAAUUAACCAGUCAAGGAUCCUUUUUCUGUAGCGUCACGAAGUUCGCUUUACCUCAACUUAGCAAGGUGUGGUCCGUCGCCCAAUCAAAGCUCCCGAAAAACAUUUACAACUUUACCAUUCGUUACAUUAACAACUCUCUUCCGACGCGUAAAAACCUAAACAGAUGGGCAAUAUCUUCAAAUUCAGACUGUUCUUUUUGUCUUAGCCCUGAAACAUUACUACACAUAGUAGCUGGAUGUCAGUUUUAUCUCGACCGAUUUACGUGGUGA